AUGAAUCCGCUACAAGUAAACGAGGUGCUACCCCCCAUUAUCCCUGCCGAACCAUCAACGUCCAAAGCUUUUUCGAUUAGCGGCUCCGACUCGUGUGAAGAAUCUUGCCUCGGAUACUCAGAAGAAGAUGACGAGGGCCCGCCACUGGACCAGCGUCAUCUGAAUCUCGUCCAUGAAGAGCUAGAAAAGCUGAACAUUGCCACCGAUGUCAUCAAUAAGCUAGAAGUACAACUAGAUGCCGCCAGAGCGUCCUUCAGGGAGAUCCAGACCACAUGGUCGGAGAAGCUGAAGGAGCUGUCCAAGAAAUACGGGUCCGCCAUCGCCAAAGCCAGGCCAUUCUAUGAGAUGAAAAAACAGGAAAAUGAUCUACGCAAAGAAUCCAUGCGGGCAGCAAUUCGCUUCGAAAAGGCCACUGGACUCCUUUCGGUCGCCAAAGAACAAGUCAAUCUGUGCCAAGACAGUCUCGCCCGUCAAACCAUGAGCGUCCAUCCUGAAUGCUUAGAGGUGCUUAACCAUCACAUUCAACGGGUCAAUGAGGCAGAAGCCGAACGAAAAGCUGCAGAAGAACAGCACCGAUCGAUCUCUGAAGAAAUGAUGGCUUUGAAUCAACAGAUCGUACGCAUGGAGAAGGACCAUAGAUCUGCCAUCAAAAAAUCGCGCCAAUACUUCGAACAAGGCAUCGAAUUCACCCGAAUCCUCGAACAGCAAAAGGCCUACAUCCUGCGCCUUGAGGCCGAGGUCCGCCAAAAGAAGCAAGACUAUACAAAGUCGAUGCACAAUCUGGAAAAGAUCUCGGAUACAAUCCACGAACAGCGGAGCAUCGGAAGUGCGAGAAGUCUAUCAACCGCUGCAUUGGCCGCUGCUGAUCCCCCAGCUGGACCUCCUCCUUAUCAACCUACUGCUCCACCACCUUAUGAGGAAACUGGCGAAGAUCGUUAUACGAUUCCUACAGCUGAACAGGAUGAGGUGGUGAACUCAGUGUUUACGAUGUUGCAAGAGGAGAAGGAAUGGGAGACACAGCAAAAGGAGACGUCGAACCAUCUAGGAUCCGGCGUCAUCCUCCUUGCUCAGCAGUUGAUCGGCGGUUCUUCGAGCUCCAGCCCUUCUAACACGAUUCAAAGAUUAAAGUUGACAGCUUCUCAAGAAGAGAUAUCUUACAAAACGAUGCCUGACGGUAUGCCAUCAACUCCAGUCAGCUACCGGAAUGAAUCUGAUGACAGCCCAAUGUCUUCUUGCCGUUCAUCUACCGUAGUCACUGAUGAAGAAGGACUGCGCCAAAUGCUUCGCUCUCACUCUUCCCUUAUUCGAGAAAUCAACGGUUGCGCUUCACGAGUCGAAAAGAUGCUUAAACGCAGUACAAGCGACACGGAUGAAAGUGGAAUCGGAAGCUCAAAU